CUCCGGUGGAGCGGAGGCAGCCCUGACCUUGGGCUCCAGCCCUGGCCCUCCUGACCAGAUGUUCCCAUCCGUGGAAGCUCCUUCCUCAGCCUUCCCGGGACGGGGGCUGGGCGACUGUAAAGUACCUCCACAGGGCCAGUUAAGCAGCCGGGCGCUGCGGCCACUACCGCGGACGCGACCUGCGGGACAGCACCGGGCAGGAGAGGCGAGGCCGGCCCCGCCUGAGCUGCACCCUGAGACCCGGGCAACCCCAGGAGCCCCCCGCCACCCGCCUGCGCCCCGCGCGGGGACGGAAGUUCUGGAAGAAGCAGCGCGACUCCUCCAGGUGAACUAUGAGCUCUUUACUCCUGCUCUUGGCAGCUCUGAGGGCCGUCACCGCCACCGACUCCAUGCACAUGUCAGCCCCUGACAACUCCCUGAGCGUCAGCAUCCCCGAGCCGUCCCCGCUGCGGGCGCCCCUGGGCAGCACAGUCACCAUCCCCUGCUACUUCAUCGACCCCGUGCUCCCCGUGACCACGGCCCCCGCCACCGCCCCGCUCAGCCCCCGAAUCAAGUGGAGCCGCGUGUCCAAGGAGAGGGAGGUGGUGCUGCUGGUGGCCACGGAGGGGCAGGUGCGGGUCCACAGCGCCUACCAGGACCGGGCGUCCCUCCCCAACUACCCGGCCAUCCCCAGCGACGCCACCUUGGAGAUGCGCAGCCUGCGUGCCAACGACUCGGGCGUCUACCGCUGCGAGGUGGUCCACGGCGUGGACGACAGCCAGGCCACGGUGGAGCUGGCAGUGAAAGGCAUCGUGUUCCAUUACAGAGCCAUCUCCACGCGCUACACGCUGGACUUCGACCGCGCACAGCGGGCCUGCCUGCAGAACAGCGCCAUCAUCGCCAGCCCCGAGCAGCUGCAGGCCGCCUACGAGGACGGCUUCCACCAGUGUGACGCCGGCUGGCUGGCCGACCAGACCGUCCGGUACCCCAUCCACACGCCGCGGGAGGGCUGCUACGGGGACAAGGACGAAUUCCCGGGUGUGAGGACCUACGGCCUGCGGGACACCAACGAGACCUAUGACGUCUACUGCUUCGCCGAGGACAUGGAGGGCGACGUCUUCUAUGCCACCUCCCCCGACAAGUUCACCUUCCAGGAGGCAGCAGCCGAGUGCCGGCGGCUGGGCGCGCGGCUGGCCACCACGGGCCAGCUCUACCUGGCCUGGCAGGCCGGGAUGGACAUGUGCAGCGCGGGCUGGCUGGCCGACCGAAGCGUGCGCUAUCCCAUCUCCAAGGCCCGGCCCAACUGCGGCGGGAACACGCUGGGCGUGAGGACCGUGUACCUGCACGCCAACCAGACGGGGUACCCCGACCCCUCAUCCCGCUACGACGCCAUCUGCUACACAGGUGAAGACUUUGUGGACAUCCCGGAAGACUUCCUCGGGGCCGGUGGCGAGGACAUCACCAUCCAGACGGUCACGUGGCCCGACCUGGAGCUGCCCCUGCCUCCCCGGAACAUCACCGAGGGGGAGGCCCGCGGCAACGUGAUCCUCACGGCAAGGCCCAUCUUCGAGGUGCCCCCGACAGCGCCCGAGCCCCAGGAGCCCUUCAGCUUCGUGCCCGACCUGGAGGCCACCGGCUUUCCCGGGGCCGAGAACGAGACUGGGGGGGCCCCUGGGCCCUGGGACUUUGCGGAGGUGCCAACAGCCAGUCCGGGCUUGGUCACCUCCUUCACCAGCGACGACUUGGUGGUACAGGUGACCGCGGUCCCGGGAGCUGCCGAACUCCCCGGACAGCCACAACCAGCCAGGGGGGUCGUGUUCCACUACCGCCCGGGCUCCACCCGCUACUCGCUGACCUUCGAGGAGGCCCAGCAAGCGUGUCUGCGCACGGGGGCGGUCAUGGCCUCCCCAGAACAGCUGCAGGCUGCCUACGAGGCGGGCUACGAGCAGUGCGACGCAGGCUGGCUGCAGGACCAGACAGUCAGGUACCCCAUCGUGAGCCCCCGGACCCCGUGCGUGGGGGACAAGGACAGCAGCCCCGGGGUUCGGACAUACGGCGUGCGGCCCCCCUCCGAGACCUACGAUGUUUACUGCUAUGUGGACCGGCUGGAGGGGGAGGUUUUCUUCAUCACCCGCACGGAGCAGUUCACCUUCCAGGAAGCCCUGGCCGCCUGCGCCAGCCACAAUGCCACCCUGGCGUCCACGGGCCAGCUCUACGCCGCCUGGAGCCGAGGCCUGGACAAGUGCUACGCGGGCUGGCUGGCCGACGGCAGCCUCCGGUACCCCAUCGUGACCCCACGGCCCGCCUGCGGUGGGGACAAGCCCGGCGUGAGGACGGUCUCGCUCUACCAGAAUCAGACAGGCCUCCCGGACCCCCUGUCUCGACACCACGCCUUCUGCUUCCGAGGUACAUCUGCAGCGCCAUCUCCCGGAGAAGACAGGGACACCCCCACACUGUCCUCGGUUGAAGAGGACCUGAUGGUGACCCAAGUGGCCCCCGGAGUGGCCGCCGGCCCCCUGGGGGAGGAGACGACCAUCACCCCCGACUUCACAGAGCCUGAGAACCAGACGGAGUGGGUGCCCGAGCACACCCCCACCGGCCAGUCCCCACUGCCAGGGCCCCCUCCCACGUGGCCUCCCACGGACACAGCCACAGAGGAAGGCACAGAAGGGCCCUUUGUGUUGCCCGGGGCCUCGGAGGAGCCGUCCACACUCUCCCCACUGCAGCCCCGCGGGACCCAGCUGCCGGGUGCUGAGGAGACAUCUGGGGACCUCUCGGGCAGUGGAGAUGCUUCCGGCCACCUGCAGGCCAGCGGGCAGCCCUCAGAAGACCUGGACUCCACUGCCCGCCCUGAUCUGGGCUUAGGCCUGCCCGAAGAGAGUGGGUCAGCCUCUGGGGAUGGAGACAGAAUUGUGGGCGCCAACAUCCCUGAAGUUGGAAAGCUUCCACCAGGAGGCCAGGAACCCGAGGGCCCGGCCUCUGGUGGUGAGGAGCUCAGUGGACUUGCUUCUGGAGAAGGUCCAGAAGUUUCUGCCUCUGGAGAAAGAGAGUUUGGUGGUGUUCCUUCUGGACAAGUUCCAGAAGUUUCUGCCUCUGGAGAAAGAGAGUUUGGUGGUGUUCCUUCUGGACAAGUUCCAGAAGUUUCUGCCUCUGGAGAAAGAGAGUUUGGUGGUGUUCCUUCUGGACAAGUUCCAGAAGUUUCUGCCUCUGGAGAAGGAGAGUUUGGUGGUGUUCCUUCUGGAGAAGGUCCAGAAGUUUCUGCCUCUGGAGAAGGAGAGUUUGGUGGUGUUCCUUCUGGAGAAGGUCCAGAAGUUUCUGCCUCUGGAGAAGGAGAGUUUGGUGGUAUUCCUUCUGGAAAAGGUCCAGAAGUUUCUGCCUCUGGAGAAGGAGAGUUUGGUGGUGUUCCUUCUGGACAAGUUCCAGAAGUUUCUGCCUCUGGAGGACAGGAGGUCAGCGGUGUUCCUUCUGGAGAAGUUCCAGAAGUUUCUGCCUCUGGAGAAGGGGAGUUCACUGGAAUUCUUCCUGGACAAGUUCCAGAAGUUUCUGCCUCUGGAGGACAGGAGUUCAGUGGUGUUCCUUCUGGACAAGUUCCAGAAAUUUCUGCCUCUGGGGGACAGGAGCUCAGCGGUAUUCCUUCUGGAGAAGUUCCAGAAGUUUCUGCCUCUGGAGAAGGGGAGUUCACUGGAAUUCUUCCUGGACAAGCUCCAGAAGUUUCUGCCUCUGGAGGACAGGAGUUCAGUGGUGUUCCUUCUGGAGAAGUUCCAGAAUUUUCUGCCUCUGGGGGAAAGGAGCUCAGUGGAAUUAGUUCUGGAGAAGUUCCAGAAGCUUCUGCCUCUGGAGAAGGGGAAUUCACUGGUAUUCUUUCCGGACAAGCUCCAGAAGUUUCUGCCUCUGGAGGACAGGAGUUCAGUGGUGUUCCUUCUGGAGAAGUUCCAGAAAUUUCUGCCUCUGGGGGAAAGGAGCUCAGUGGAAUUAGUUCUGGAGAAGUUCCAGAAGCUUCUGCCUCUGGAGGAGAGUUCACUGGAACUCCUUCUGGAGAAGAUCUAGAAGCUUCUGCCUCUGGCAGAGGGGUAUUCACUGGAGUGCUUUCUGGAGUUCCAGAAGCUUCUGCCUCUGGAGAGGGUGACUUUGGGGCCCUUCCUUCUGGAAGGGAAAGUCUAGAAACUUCUGGUUCUGGGCUUGAGGGCCUCAGCGGCUCAGCCCCCGGGAAGGGGGACUUUGGAGGCUCUGCUUCUGGAGCCUGGGACCUCGGUGGGCUGCCCUCUGUAGUCCCGGGCAGUGGACUCGCACCGGAAGCCAGCGGCCUUCCCUCAGGACUUGGUGAGUAUUCCGGGGUGGACCUUGGGAGUGGCCCUUCCUCCGGCCUGCCUGACUUCAGUGGGCUGCCCUCAAGCCUCCCCACAGUCUCCCUGGUGGACACCACGCUGGUGGAGGUUCUCACGGUCACCACCACGGGGGAACUGGAGGGGCGGGGGGGCAUGGGCAUCAGCGGUGCCGGUGAAGUCUCUGGACUGCCCUGGGGCAGCGAGCUGGACAUCAGCGGGGCGGCCAGUGGAUUCUCUUCAGGGGUCAAACCCACCAGCCAGGCCCCCAGCGCUCCUGACACCAGCGGGCGGAUAUCGGGGUUCCCCGGGGAAACAUCCGGGAUGCCUGACCUCAGUGGACUGUCCUCAGGACAACCAGACAUCAGCGGAGAAGCUUCUGGCAUUCUGGUGGGCAGUGGUCAACCAUUCAGUGAGACCGGGGUGAGUGAAGGAGAAUUAGGGGUCCACAAUGUCAGCGGGCAGCCCUCAGGGUGGCCAGAGCUCCAUGGGACCCCCUCCGGGGUGACAAGUGGCAGUGGGGACAUCACCUUUGUGGACACCCAUUUGGUGGAAGUGACCCCGACCCCGUUUAAGGGAGAGGAAGGCUUGGGGUCUGUGGAGCUCAGCGGCCUUCCUUCUGGGGAGACCGAGCUCGCAAGUGCCUCUGGCACGGUGGAUGCCAGCGGCCACGUGGCCGGAGCUGCAGAGUCCUGGGAGCUGAGCCCGCGGCCCACAGACCUCCGAGGGCUGCCAAGCAGUGAGGUGGAGGCGAGCGGAGACGCUUCGGGAGCAGAGGCCGGGAGUGGGGGUACCUCUGGCCUCCCCAUGGUCUCACUGGUGGACAGGACUUUGGUGGAGUCUGGAACCCCAGCUCCCACCGCCCAGGAGGCAGAAGGACCUUCAGGCGUCUGGGAACUCAGCAGGGUCCCUUCGGGUCUCGGGGACCUUAGCGGACUCCCGUCUGGGCCGGCGGAGCCCAGCGGAACCCCUCCAAGCUCCCCACCUUUCAGUGGAGAUCUUCCCAGCACCACCGCUGACAUCAGCGGGGACGGCUCUGCAGCCACAGGCGCCAGCGGGGACCCCUCAGGGCUCCCGGAAGUCCUGGAGGGAGUCACGAGCCCCACAAUUCUGCAGGAACUGGGCCAACGGCCCCCAGAAGCGCACUUCCCCCAGGUGCCGGAGUCCAGUGGGGACGUAUCAGGGUCUGGGGACACAAGCGGGAGUGUCCCAGGGUCCAAGAGGGAAACCUCGGAGGUGCCAGAGUUCAGCAAAGAAACAUCUGUUUACCCCUCACCCGAAAUGGGGGUGUCGGCCACCCCUGAGGCCAGCGGAGGAGCCUCAGGUUCCCCUGACCUGAGUCAAGGGCCCUUGUCCUUCCCGGGGACAGCGUGGGAGGACUCAGCCAUCCCAGAGCUAAGUGGAGAAACGGCAGAGCCCACUGAUGCCACCUACGUGAGCACCCAUGAUGCAUCGGGCUGGACUCUGGCCCCACCCCCGGCUUCUGGAGAUAGGCCGGAGGGCAGCAGCUCCGGCCUGGACAUCAUCAUUGCCACACAAGUCCCUGAUUCUGAGUGGACCCAGGAGACCCAGCCGCCUGCUGAGGCUCUGGUGGAAACCGAGGCGUCCAGCCCAUUGCACUCGGGAGAAGAUGCCCAAACAGCCACCGCUGCCAGCCUCCCGACAGAUGACGUGUCCAGCGUCCCGGAAGACACUGAAGAGGCGGAAGACUCCUCUGCAGUCCUCCCCAGGUCCUGUGCUGAGGCCCGCUGUGGCGCUGGGACCUGCCAGGAGACAGAGGACGGUGCCGUGUGCCUGUGCCCCGCUGGUCACGCCGGUGAGCACUGCGACAUAGACAUUGACGAGUGCUUCUCAAGCCCUUGUCGGAACGGAGGCACCUGCGUGGACGGGGCUGCCGCUGUUACAUGCUUGUGCCUUCCCAGCUACCGAGGCGACCUGUGCGAGACCGACCAGGAGCUGUGCCAGGAAGGCUGGACCAAGUUCCAGGGCCACUGCUACCGCCACUUUCCCGAGCGUGCCAGCUGGGCAGACGCGGAGGGCCGCUGCCGGGAGGAGGCGGCGCAUCUCAGCAGCAUCGUGACCCCCGAAGAGCAGGAGUUCGUCAACAGCAACGCCCAGGACUACCAGUGGAUCGGCCUGAAUGACCGCACCAUCGAAGGGGACUUCCGCUGGUCAGACGGGCACUCCUUGCAAUAUGAGAACUGGAGGCCCAACCAGCCUGACAACUUCUUCGCUACCGGCGAGGACUGCGUGGUGAUGAUCUGGCACGAGAAGGGGGAGUGGAAUGACGUCCCCUGCAACUACCACCUGCCGUUCACCUGCAAAAAGGGCACAGUGGCCUGCGGACAGCCCCCCGCGGUGCAGCACGCGCGGCCCCUGGGCCGGCCCAAGGCGCGGUACGAGAUCAACGCGGUGGAGCGUUACCAGUGCGCGCGGGGCUUCGUCCAGCGCCACGUGCCCACCGUCCGCUGCCUGCCCAGCGGCCAGUGGGAGGAGCCUCGGGUCACCUGCACGGACGCCGCCACCUACCAGCGCAGACGCCGGCAGCGGAGCCCGCGGCGGCACCGGCCCGCAGGACACUGAGCCCGCAGCCCGCCAGGCUGACCGCUGGCCCUCAGGGAGCCGCUGUCCAGGAGAGGGAGCCAGCCAGGCCCCUCCACCGUGUCCCCGUGGCCAGCGCCGCCGCCCGUGCCCCCACACACCCGCCCCAACGCCAAAGCCGACGAUGUGUCCUGAGCCACACGGGGACCGUGCGGACCGCCGGGGACCGAGGGUCGGGGGAGUGAGACCGAGGUGACCCCCCCCCCCCCCCCGGCCCCGCACAGCUGCUGUGGGUGUCCUGUCCCCGCAGGGCGCCGGGGCAGGGCUGGGUGGGUCCCUUCCUCCCCGGGGCCCCUCCCACCCCUCCCGCCCCCGGGACCGUGCAGGCUUCAGGGUUCCACGCACCUAUUUAUAUUUUUGAAAACUGAAGAUGACUAUAAGAAUAAUAAAAGACCUUGGAAGAGA